AAAUCUUUAUAAUUUCAGUCGGCUGAACUUUUCAUUUAGGAUUUUGAUACUGCGGCUGGUGGCGAAGGAUAUGGCCAAAACGCCGCCGCCGUUUAUAAAGAGGAAACAACCCCAACAAACCACCGCUUACACGGAUGAAACAACCCCAAUCAACCCUAACAUCACCGCUUACACCGAGGAAACAACCCCAAUCAACGCUAACAUCACCGCUUAGACAGAGGAAACAACCCCAAUCAACGCUAACAUCACUCCAUCUUCCUUUCGAUCUGGUGGAAGGAAUACUGUGUAGGCUUCCCGUGAAACAGCUCAUUCAAUUCUGUUGCGUCUGCAGGUCAUGGAAUUCUCUUAUCUCCGGAGAUUCCAACUUUGCCAAGAAGCAUCUUCGGUUGUCAACCUCCCGCCACAGCCGCCACCAUGUUAUCAUGAGCUCUGCGCACAAAUCGCCUGAGUUUGUUAUAUGUCAUUCCCCGAUCACCUCUCUCUUCAGCUCUGCAUCCCCUAUGGAGUUCAGGUACCCUCUAAAAGAGAUUCGUAACAAAGGAGAUCAUUAUAUGGAAACUUCCGCAUGUGACGGCUUGUUAUGUUUUAGGAUAGAUAAUUCUUUAGCUCUUUUAUGUAAUCCUUCUAUUAGAAAAUUUAAGAUAUUGCCUCCUUUGGAAUUUUCAGACCAAAGAUUUGACCAAAUCACAUACACAUUAGUGUAUGAUGGUUUCACCAAUAAUUAUAAGAUUAUUGCUAUUAAUACUAGUAGUAGAAAAAAAGAAGUCAAUGUUCAUACUCUGGGUACUGAUUAUUGGAGAAUGAUUCCAGGCUUCCCAGACCCUGACCUCAUUCCUAGGCGUAGAUCGGGAACAUUUGUGAAUGACUAUGUUAAUUGGUUGACAUAUGAUUCUACUUGUUGUGCAUUUUUAAUUGUUUCUCUUAAUUUGGAGAAAGAGUCUUUUCAAAAGCUUGCACUGCCUGCCUUUGAUGCGCAAUACAGAACCUCUUCUAUGACCUUAGGGACAUUGAGGGGUUGUUUAUCCCUCCUCAUUGACAGAGGGGACAGGUUUUCUGAUAUUUGGAUUAUGAAGGAAUAUGGUAAUGAAAAGUCUUGGAUUAAAUUGUUUAGUGUUCCUCACAUGAGAGAAUGUGGUUUUCAUGGAUAUAUCGGGGCAUUAUAUGUUUCAAAGGAUGAUCAAUUACUUAUGGAGUGUUUGAAGAUGAGGAAUUAUAGUUUGGUUGUUUAUGAUUCCAUACAUCAUACUUUUAAGAUUCCUAAAUUUCAAAACAACAUCUAUGGUGAAAUGACACAAAAAGUGUAUGUUGAGAGUUUGAUAUCACCAUUGUAGUUGUUGUGUUUCGAUUAUGCUUAUUCUUAUUACUACUGACUUCAUGAGUUAAUAUGCGGCUUUAGAAGUUGCUAUGACAUAACACAUUGUAACAAUGGUUUUCUCUUAUUAUGUACUCUAUUGUUCCCAA